UUGCCUUGGAGUGUUUCGGCGGAAGCACAUAGCCAGCUCUGGGUUAUCACGUCUUCUGAAAUGCCAGAUAUGAGCGGCAAUAUAGUAAUUCUCAGGGAUAAGAAAUGUCACUGAACACACCGUUCAAUCUAAUCACUCUUAAUCAUAUACUUAGAGGUAGGUAAGUCUAAAUACGAGUAUACUUAACAUUCUGUUGGUUUAACGGGUGCAUCAGUAGGUGACGCAACAACGGGUUAUUUUUCGCCGAACAUUGUCUAUAUACUUGCUGAAGACUAGAAGAUUAUCAGACUAGUCUGCAGAGUACUAUGCUUGGAAUAUGGGCUCUGGAGAAGCUUAGGUGCCUCGGCUGAUGUUUAGUAACCUGGGGAAAAAACCUGGGGAAGUUGGAGAUGAUUGCCAAGUUGGGAUUAGCCUAGGCACAAGUGAAUGUGGGGGACUUACGAAGGUGGCUGGCGGGCUGGCUCGUCAGCAUUGUCCGUUUACACGACGUUCCUUGUGCUAUGUCAAGCUAUGAAACUCAGUUAUCUUUGGUUCGAGGAAAUUGAAAUACAGAAACAACAAGUUGCAUAUCUAAUUGAUGUUCCCAUACAUCUGUUAGUGCAGGAGUGAUCGAAACCCCGUUCACCCCUCAAAAUCAGUCAGCUUAAACUUCGAAAAACUCGAAAACAAAUUAUGGCGUCGACCAUCGAGCGCAAAUCUAAUGGGGAAGUAAUCUACGGGCCGGAUAAGGUCUUCGAAGUCCCCAAUGUCGAUUUAAUGACAUUGCUGUUCGAAUCUGAAGAAAGUCGCGUGCCACCUGACACUGUCAUCCAUGCCGAUGCUGCAGAGCCUUCUAACAAUCUCACUAAGGCGAGACUCCUGCAGUUGUCCAAGAAGGCUGCACAUGUGUUUAGGUAUCAAUAUGGGAUUGGAGCUAACGGCCCAGACAAGGAUGUCGUCUUCAACAUUUCCACGGGUAACUUCAUGAUCCCGGUCAUGUUCUACGCAGCUAUCACAGCCGGUGGCAUCUUCUCAUCUACUAGCCCUGCCGCGACACCAGACGAGUUUGCAUACCAAUUGCAGCAGACAGAAGCCAAGGUGAUUGUGUGCACGGCGGAUCUGAAAGAGACCGCGCUCGCCGCGGCGCAGAAAGUCGGGCUCGCACCGCGGAAUAUCCUCGUCUAUGGCGGGACCAAGGAUUUGGAAUUCUGGGAGGCGGGAUCGGGCGCAAAGGUGCCGAUAUCUAACCAGGAGCUUGACUGGCGGCGCAUCACAGAUCCCGUGGAGCUUGAAAACAGUGUCAUAUGCUUGCUGUUCUCGAGCGGAACGACGGGGCUGCCGAAGGCUAUGCGUAUCUCGCACCGAAAUAGUGUUGCUGCUUGCACGCUCAAUGCUGAGCCUGGGAGGCAGUAUGUCGAAAAGACGAAACCGCCAGGAUACAAGUGUGCGUCUAAUAUUAAUCUAGCCCACCUCCCCGCCGCCCACAUUGCAGGCGUCCAAAGCUACCUCGUGAACAACUGCUAUCUUGGCGGGACCUGCUACUGGAUGCAGCGGUUCGACUUCCCCAAGUUUUGCGAAUAUGCGAAGAAAUAUAAGGCCACAACCAUGUUCACCGUUCCGCCGAUUUUCCUAUUGAUUGCCAAGUCACCUUUGGUAAAGGACCAUUUUGACACCUGGGACGACGCCUUAUCUGGCGCGGCACCGAUGGGACAGGAUCUCCAGAUAGAAGUUGGCCGGAAGCUUGGUAACGGCACCACGUUGGUGCGGCAGUGCUGGGGCCUUAGUGAGACGACGGGUGCUAUUACCGCCACACCAAGGGAGCUAGCCCACGUUGCACCAGCGGGAUCAGUCGGACCCCUCAUACCGAACUGCUACGCACGCAUCGUCGACGACAACGAGAGAGACGUCGAGCCCGGUGCGUCAGGGGAGAUUUGGGUGCGCGGCCCAGUAGUCACGAAGGGAUAUUGGAGGAACGAGAAGGCGAACAGGGAUUCGUUCACAGACGGCUGGUUCCGCACGGGCGAUAUAGGCGUAUUUAGAGACGGGUAUUUCUUCAUCGUUGAUCGGAAGAAGGAGCUCAUAAAGUAUAAAGGAAACCAGGUCGCGCCUGCUGAGCUCGAGGCUGUGCUGCUGUCGCAUCCGAAGAUCCUCGAUGCGGCGGUUAUCGGUGUCCCUGGUGAGGGGACGGAGGUUCCUCGGGCCUACAUAGUCGCGAAUCGAAAAGAAAUCAGCGGGCGUGAGAUCAUCGAGUGGUUCAGCAAGCAGGGGCUGUCGAGGUAUAAGAGUCUAAGAGGCGGUGUAGUUUUUAUUGAUGCGAUCCCGAAGAGCCCUUCUGGAAAGAUCUUGAGAAAGAAUCUCAAAGAUCUGGCACAGAGGGAGACGCCGACAGCUAAGAUCUAAUCUAGUAGUGGUAUUGCCCGGAGGGUCGCGGUUUGUGUCGUCGAGCUGGUAUAUUUUACAACAGGAUCGCGCCAAUACACCGUUCACGUAUACUAAAAGAGAUCAUUCAUAGGUUUGCUUGUGGUUCUUUAGGGAAUCGGUAACAGCAUGCUUUCAGCUUGACAAGUAAGUAGUCUUUCGGGCAAGACAAAAAGGUCGUGACCUAGAUUAUUCACAAGCACACAAUAAGUAGCACAUAGAGUUGGGAAAGUAUCAGAGAGUCUAUAUUCUCGAGUAUCUAACUGCAGUGAUCCCAGCUUACUCGUCAACAGCUAGCCAACUCAUACAUUUAUGAGCACGCGAUGGUGUGUGUAGGUUCCGAAGGACAGCUGUAGAUUUCGGGAGAUACGUCGCAGGUAGCCCUACGACGUCCAAAGGAUACGUAGCCAUCAUUGCUGAGGCGGGCUAAAGUAGGUCUGGAAUAUAUACCGA